CGGACGAAGAUGGAUUUGGUGCAGACCGGGGAAAACGUGGACAUCGAAAAGGAUUUCUGUCUCGAGCGCUUCGUCGACUUUGCGAAACGCGUGACGGACGCGCUUCGCGCGGGUGGGUAUUGGUGCGAUUACAUCGAUCCGUGCAGCGGGUUGUCGAUGAUCAAUCGCGAUUCGCAACACGUGUACGGCGAGGUGGACGCGUUGGUGACGCUUUUGAAUUAUCAAACCACCAACAGCGGGUGCUGCAAGGUGGUUUUGCAUCCGACGUGGGGCAGCGCGGUGUACCCGGCGAGUCUGUUCGCCAAGGCACCCGUGAGCGCGCUGCGCGACGCCAUCGCGAGCGCCGAGCGAGACAUUCGCGCGAGCGAUCCGGCGGCCUAA